AUGGCUGCAAGAUCCAAGGUUUGGGGCGCCUGCAGGGCUCUUGCAAUUAGGUCUAGGCCAAUUGCUUCCCAACCCGAGUCCUUUUGCGCAAUUUCUCGAAAACAAUGGUACUCCAACGAAUCUAAUGACGGGCAACCUCCACGAUCAACGAACAUCUCCGAUUUUCUCCAACCAGAAUCCAAGACUCCCGUCUCUUCUCAAUCGACAAACCCAGCCACAGAUGCCGCCGCUGGCUCCGAAUCCGGGCCCGAGGAUCGAUUAAGCGACCAAGACCUUCAUAAUCUUUUCUAUGGCGGGCGUGUGGCUGCCAGCGGGGCGGAGGGUGGCCUGACCCAAGCGCAGGAGGACUCUUUAUACGAGGAAGGCGUUAUUCGGCCUCCUGCUGAGGCCGAGGCUCUUGUUGCCCAGGCUGAUAGCAAGGUCGCGGAAGCUGGCAAUCUCACACCUGGAUUCAAGUUUCCCUUACCCACACAGCCCUACCCCGAGGACUUCAACGUGAAGAAGCGUUACCAUCCUGUCCUAGACCAAUUGACUCGCCUACUUAUGAAGGACGGGAAGCUUGCCGCGGCCCAGAGGAAUAUGUCCAUUAUCAUGAACUUUCUCCGGAUGGCGCCCGAGCCGAUUUACAGCCCGAAAUUCCCUCUUCUUCCAGGCACCCCGCCAGCCUCUCACCUCCCGCUCAACCCCGUUCUUUAUAUUACCAUUGCCAUCGACUCGGUUGCGCCCUUAAUUAAAGUCAGGAAUAUUGCGGGAGCUGCAGGUGGAGGUCGUGCUCUGGAAGUUCCCAUGCCACUUGCUGUGCGACAGCGUCGCCGACAGGCCUUCUCAUGGAUCCUUGAUGUGGUCGAGAAGAAGCCUUCCAAGGGCAGUGGCCGGAAACAAUUCCCACAGCGAGUCGCUGAGGAAAUCAUCGCUGUAAUCGAGGGGCGAUCAACUGUCUGGGACAGGAGAAAGAUAAUUCACAAGCAGGGAACUGCAUCACGAGCGAACGCCGGCAGCACGUUCAAGGGAAAGAAGAGGAUGUAA